CUCUUGCUCUGCCCAAACCCAUCCCAACCCCCUAAAAAAAAUACAAUUUUUUCCUCUGUUUCUUUAAUCCAAUAAAAACAGAGAGACCUAAGAAACGAGAUCAACAAAGCCCGUCGUUUUUUUCGAGGAAAAGUGAAUGACCCUUUAAGAAAAUAACUCUAUUGGCCGGAGAAAUGGUGGAGACUCGUCGAUUCUCUUAAAGUUUGUUUUUUUUUCCUCUCUUCAAAAUUUUUGUUCUGUUUAUACUCUGUAAUGGCGUUUUAAUUUGAUACCUAGAAGUUAAAGUGAACAAAUUUUGAGAGAAAGUCUCUUUUUUUUGUUCUUCCCUGUGUGUGUGAGAGAGAGAGAGAGAUAUGGCGGUUUCAGAGCAGAGUCAAGAUGUGUUUCCAUGGCUUAAAUCGUUACCGGUUGCUCCAGAGUUCAGACCUACUCUAGCAGAGUUUCAAGAUCCGAUCGCUUACAUUUUGAAGAUUGAAGAAGAAGCUUCUAGAUAUGGAAUCUGUAAAAUUCUGCCUCCACUGCCUCCUCCUUCCAAAAAAACCUCGAUUUCUAAUCUCAACCGUUCUCUGGCGGCAAGAGCGGCGGCGAGGGUUCGUGACGGCGGCUUUGGCGCGUGUGAUUAUGACGGUGGUCCCACAUUCGCCACGCGCCAGCAGCAGAUCGGGUUUUGCCCUAGGAAACAGCGUCCAGUGCAGAGACCUGUGUGGCAGAGUGGAGAGGAGUACUCUUUUGGUGAGUUCGAGUUUAAAGCUAAGAACUUUGAGAAGAAUUAUCUCAAGAAAUGUGGUAAAAAGAGUCAACUCUCUGCCCUUGAAAUUGAAACACUUUACUGGAGAGCCACUGUGGAUAAACCCUUCUCUGUUGAGUAUGCCAAUGACAUGCCUGGCUCGGCUUUUAUCCCUCUGAGUCUGGCUGCUGCGAGGAGGAGAGAGUCUGGUGGUGAAGGAGGAACAGUUGGUGAGACCGCUUGGAACAUGAGGGCAAUGUCUAGAGCCGAAGGAUCAUUGCUUAAGUUCAUGAAGGAAGAGAUCCCUGGAGUUACAUCACCAAUGGUGUAUGUUGCUAUGAUGUUUAGUUGGUUUGCUUGGCAUGUGGAGGACCAUGACCUUCAUAGUCUCAAUUACUUGCAUAUGGGUGCUGGUAAGACUUGGUACGGUGUGCCAAAGGAUGCUGCUCUGGCUUUUGAGGAGGUUGUUAGGGUUCAUGGUUACGGUGAAGAGCUCAAUCCUCUUGUGACAUUUUCUACUCUUGGUGAGAAGACAACUGUGAUGUCUCCUGAAGUAUUUGUUAAAGCCGGAAUACCGUGUUGCAGGUUAGUGCAAAAUCCUGGAGAGUUUGUCGUCACCUUUCCGGGAGCUUAUCAUUCGGGAUUUAGUCAUGGAUUUAAUUUUGGAGAAGCAUCUAACAUUGCCACUCCCGAAUGGUUGAGAAUGGCUAAAGAUGCUGCUAUCCGGCGAGCUGCUAUAAAUUACCCUCCAAUGGUUUCUCAUCUCCAGCUACUUUAUGACUUUGUAUUGGCUCUAGGUUCUAGAGUGCCAACAAGCAUCAAUCCCAAACCACGGAGUUCUAGAUUAAAAGAUAAGGCAAGAAGCGAAGGAGAAAGAUUGACCAAAAAGCUAUUUGUGCAAAACAUUAUCCACAACAACGAAUUGCUUUCUUCUCUCGGAAAAGGAUCCCCAGUGGCCCUUCUCCCACAGAGUUCCUCAGAUAUAUCAGUUUGUUCUGACCUGCGAAUUGGAUCCCAUUUGAUAACCAACCAGGAAAACCCAAUCCAGUUAAAGUGUGAGGACUUAAGUUCUGAUAGUGUUGUGGUUGAUCUCAGUAACGGUUUAAAGGAUACAGUUUCAGUGAAAGAAAAAUUUACAUCUUUAUGUGAAAGGAGCAGAAAUCACCUAGCAAGCACGGAGAAGGACACUCAAGAAACUCUGUCUGAUGCUGAAAGGAGGAAGAAUGAUGCAGCUGUUGCGCUUUCGGAUCAAAGGCUUUUCUCUUGUGUUACAUGUGGAGUCUUAAGCUUUGAUUGUGUAGCUAUCGUUCAACCUAAAGAAGCAGCUGCUAGAUAUCUCAUGUCUGCAGAUUGUAGCUUCUUCAAUGAUUGGACAGCUGCUUCUGGAUCUGCAAAUCUUGGUCAGGCUGCAAGAUCACUUCAUCCUCAAAGCAAAGAGAAGCAUGAUGUAAAUUACUUCUACAAUGUUCCUGUUCAAACUAUGGAUCAUUCAGUGAAGACUGGCGAUCAAAAAACUUCAACAACUUCCCCGACAAUAGCGCAUAAAGAUAAUGAUGUUCUUGGGAUGUUAGCUUCAGCAUAUGGAGACUCUUCUGAUUCCGAGGAAGAAGAUCAAAAAGGCUUAGUUACCCCUAGUUCCAAAGGGGAAACAAAAACGUAUGAUCAAGAAGGUUCAGAUGGCCAUGAGGAGGCUAGAGAUGGUAGAACUUCUGAUUUUAACUGCCAGAGACUAACCAGCGAACAGAAUGGGUUAAGCAAAGGCGGAAAAUCAUCACUUCUGGAAAUAGCUUUACCAUUUAUUCCAAGAUCUGAUGACGAUUCAUGUCGGUUGCACGUGUUUUGUCUUGAGCAUGCUGCGGAAGUGGAACAGCAACUUCGUCCUUUUGGGGGGAUUAACUUAAUGUUACUGUGCCAUCCAGAGUACCCCAGGAUAGAGGCUGAAGCAAAGAUAGUUGCCGAAGAGCUCGUCAUCAAUCACGAAUGGAAUGAUACUGAAUUCAGGAAUGUGACCCGAGAGGAUGAGGAAACGAUUCAGGCAGCGUUGGAUAAUGUUGAAGCUAAGGGUGGGAACAGUGAUUGGACCGUAAAAUUGGGUGUUAACCUUUCUUACAGCGCUAUUCUCAGUCGCUCUCCUCUGUACAGUAAGCAGAUGCCGUAUAACUCCAUCAUAUACAAGGCGUUCGGUCGCAGCUCUCCAGUAGCGAGCUCACCCUCGAAACCCAAAGUCUCUGGUAAAAGAUCGUCCAGACAGAGGAAAUAUGUUGUUGGAAAAUGGUGUGGUAAGGUUUGGAUGUCACAUCAGGUGCAUCCCUUUUUGCUGGAGCAGGACUUAGAGGGGGAAGAAUCUGAAAGAAGUUGUCAUCUUCGAGUUGCUAUGGAUGAGGAUGCCACUGGAAAGAGAUCGUUUCCUAAUAAUGUUUCCAGGGAUUCGACAACAAUGUUUGGAAGAAAGUAUUGUAGGAAGAGAAAGAUAAGAGCAAAGGCGGUGCCACGCAAGAAGCUUACUUCUUUUAAGAGGGAAGAUGGAGUUUCUGAUGACACAUCAGAAGAUCAUUCUUAUAAGCAGCAAUGGAGGGCUUCCGGGAAUGAGGAAGAGUCUUAUUUUGAGACAGGGAACACAGCUUCUGGUGAUUCAUCAAAUCAAAUGUCUGAUCCGCACAAGGGAAUUAUCAGACAUAAAGGUUAUAAAGAAUUUGAGUCAGAUGAUGAGGUUUCAGACCGUUCACUUGGGGAAGAGUAUACUGUACGGGCAUGUGCAGCUUCAGAGAGCUCAAUGGAGAAUGGCUCUCAGCAUUCAAUGUAUGACCAUGAUGAUGAUGAUGAUGAUAUCGACAGGCAGCCUAGGGGGAUUCCAAGGAGCCAACAGACAAGAGUUUUUAGGAAUCCAGUUUCAUAUGAGUCAGAAGAUAAUGGCGUUUAUCAGCAAAGCGGAAGAAUAUCCAUAAGUAAUAGGCAAGCUAAUCGAAUGGUUGGUGAAUAUGAUUCAGCAGAGAAUUCUUUGGAGGAACGAGGCUUUUGCAGUACAGGGAAAAGGCAAACCAGGUCAACAGCCAAACGAAUAGCAAAAACCAAGACAGUUCAGAGUUCGAGAGACACAAAAGGUCGCUUUUUGCAAGAAUUUGCAUCUGGAAAGAAGAAUGAAGAAUUGGAUUCAUACAUGGAGGGACCUAGCACACGGCUUAGGGUGAGACAUCAGAAGCCGUCGAGAGGGUCUUUAGAAACAAAACCAAAGAAGAUUGGUAAGAAGAGAAGUGGUAAUGCUUCCUUCUCCAGAGUUGCAACUGAAAAAGAUGUGGAGGAAAAAGAAGAAGAAGAAGAAGAAGAAGAGAAUGAGGAAGAGGAAUGUGCAGCAUACCAAUGUAACAUGGAGGGUUGCACGAUGAGUUUCAGUUCGGAAAAACAGUUGAUGUUACACAAAAGAAACAUAUGCCCAAUUAAAGGCUGUGGUAAAAACUUCUUCUCACACAAGUAUUUGGUUCAACACCAGCGUGUUCACUCAGACGACCGUCCUCUGAAAUGUCCAUGGAAGGGAUGUAAGAUGACGUUCAAGUGGGCUUGGUCUAGAACCGAGCACAUAAGGGUUCACACAGGCGCUAGGCCUUAUGUUUGCGCUGAACCGGAUUGUGGUCAAACAUUCAGGUUUGUCUCUGACUUCAGCCGGCAUAAAAGGAAGACCGGUCAUUCGGUUAAGAAGACCAACAAAAGGUGAUUUAGGCUCUAACAUGGAAUCUAUCAUGAAGAAGAUUACUCCAUUGAUCUAUUAGAAGAAAAUUGGAUUGUACGAAUAUUAGGGGUUUUCUAAGUGUGUAUGUCUCUCUGGUCCUCUGUCAAUUCGGGAUUAUAAAGUCAAAGUCUUAACAUUUGGAAUAGCCAUUGUUUGUUGCAGACGUUUUCACUUUCAGACAGAUUCUCUCUUUGUUGUAUUCUCUAUUUUUGCAGUUGAAUGAAUCUGUAACAACAACAAAUCCUGGUGUAGGAAAAGCAUUGUGUUACUCAAGUAUUUGACAUAUAUGGUUGUAUACGUGGCUUAUCCUGGUUGGUUGAC